CCAAAUCUCCUCCUUCCCCGCUCUCCACUUUAUUAACCCUGCACGCAUACCCCCAAACCCCACACACAUACACAAAAAUUCUCUCUCUCUCUCUGAACAAUGGCCGAUCGGCAAGGCCAAACCCAGAGAAACCCACCGAGGGUCGGCGACGCCGGCAGCGGAUCAUUCCUUCGGAAGCUGCACGAGCACGGGCCGGACCCGAACCAGCUGGUGGGCUUCCUCACCCUUCUCGUCUCCGGCGGCAUUCUGCUCCUGCUGGCGGGGCUCACAGUCACGGCGACGGUUCUGGGGCUGAUAAUCGUGACGCCGGUGGUCGUCGUUUCAAGCCCGAUAUGGGUUCCAGUGGGGGCUCUGGUGUUCGUAUUCGUCGCCGGGUUCUUGUCGGUAGCCGGGUUCGGGGCGCUGGUCUUGUUGGGUUCGUCGUGGCUGUACAAAUACUUCAAGGGGCUCAGGCCGCCCGGUUCGGACCGGGUGGACUACGCGAGGAGCCGGAUUGCGGACACGGCGAGUCAAGUGAAGGGGUACGCAAGGGAAUACGGGGGGUACUUGCAGGCCAAGGUGAAGGAUGCGGCUCCUGGUGCUUAAUUGAACCGAGGAUCGGUUGUGGUGGGCCGCUGGGUUGGAGGGCUAACAGGCUACGCUAAUCGGGUUCUCAAGUUUUUUCCUUUACACCCAUUCUCUCUUUCCUUCUUGCUAGCAUUAAUCUGUAUUAAUUGUGUUUAAAGUGUUUUUCUAAAUUAUAAUGCUCGAGUUUGUAUGAAAGUGGGAUGCUUGAUUGAUUUAUUUAUUUAUUUGUUUGCGUGUUUUAA